GAAGCGCCAAGCGCGCUGGGGAGCGCAGCUGCGGGCGUGGGGGUGGCAGGAGCCGCGGAGCCGGCACCGAGAGCGGCUGCGGCUGGAGCCGGCGGUCCAGACAAAGGCGACGGGCUGGUUGUGAAGUUUGUGGAUGUUUGACUGAAACCUGGAACCCAAAUGAGAAGAAACCUUCAAGGAACAACUUCUGUUGAUAGUGAGUCUACAGUUGUCUGUAUGCAUAAUAUGGAAUGUUCUUAGCCCACAGAUAGCUAAAUGGGUGACUCCAUUGACAAGGAGUGACUUGGCAGACACAAGGUUUCCAAGGGCACCACAGCAUUUCCUCUGAACUUUGUCCAAAAAGUCUAUCAGAUGCUUGAUUCUUCCUUACCUGUACACCUCCAUCUGUCCUAUGUUGUUGCCAAAGCACAGGUGCUGCAGACUACCUGUUAGACGCCCUGCGUCAAGACAACAAUUUUUGUACCUUCCUGGUGGUUGAGAAGCGAGUCUCUGUAGAACAAGAAGGAAAGAAAGGAAAACAGAUUGACUUUCUUCAUUAAAUUGACUGUAUAAGAUACUUGACUUCCAGGAACAAGAACACAGAGAAGUAAUAAAAUUAUUUUUUUAGCAUCAUUGGACAUUCAGCAUAUCAAGGAGCUUGCUUUGUGAAGUUUCCUGAGCCAAGAUUUGAAAACUUCAUUGGUGCUCAUUUAUACUGUGGACUGUAAGCAUGAGUGAAUUCUGGUUGUGUUUCAACUGCUGUAUUGCAGAACAGCCUCAGCCUAAAAGGCGCCGGCGGAUUGACCGAAGUAUGAUUGGCGAGCCAACAAAUUUUGUGCACACGGCUCAUGUAGGAUCGGGAGACCUAUUCAGUGGAAUGAAUUCAGUUAGCUCCAUUCAGAACCAGAUGCAGUCCAAGGGGGGCUACGGGGGUGGGAUGUCUGCCAGUGUGCAGAUGCAGCUUGUGGAUACGAAGGCUGGAUAGCCCCGAGUCCUGUCUCCUGUCAUUGUGAAUUUGUAUUUUCUCUUUUCACUCCUCUUUAAUUUGUUGUUGUGAUUCCUUUUCAAAUACAAAAAAGAAGUGUGAUGGCAUCUUGUUCGCCUUGUUGUGAUUUCUCCAGUGAGACGUUCUUGUUCUGCUCUGAAGAAGCUGUUGUCAGAUGAACCUUGCAUUUCCUUCAGCUGGCAUGCAUGCCUUUGGACUCACGGACUUUGGAUCGUGGCUUCAUUUUUAUCAAUUAUGGAUCUGAUCUUAGCAUGAUCUUUUUUUGUGAAUGCUAGCACUAUUUUGCAUUCCCCCCCCCCCCCCAUUUUAAACAUUUCUAUUUCCAUCUCCAGCCCUCUGCCUUAUGAGUUUGUUGGUAAGGUAGGACCUGCUAUUGUUAGUCACUGUUUCUGUAUAUUUUGGAAGGUAUGACAUCCAUAAGCACAAUGAUCAUUUUUAUUCAUUUGAAACUUGAGCAGAAUAGAUACCGCAUGCUUUAUGAAGUUGCUUUGUCUGGGAGCCCAGAAAUGAGUGUUUCUUUGCUGCUGUGGGCUGAGGGUAACUGCUGCUGUUAGACAGAGGUUAGCUGUGACACCAAGUCAUAUCAGUUUCACACAAACAAAGGUAACCUGUAGCUUACUCUAUAAUUAAAAUCUGGCAUUCAUAACGUGUUCAUUCAGUUGUAAAUGUUCGAUGUAUUUAUUCUGAGAGUGAGGACCUGUGAUUUGCGAACAGGUGUGGUUGUGUGUCAGAGUGUUGUGGUGAGGCCCUCGUCCAGGCUCAUUGUGUACUCACUCUGUUUUGACUUACUGUAAUAUGAUGAUCUAUGUGUUUCCACUAUUAACUUCUGGCCGGUACUACUAACUGCAGUGUCAGUGGCCUUUCCAUAUUCAAACCUGUUUUGGGGCAGUGGAAGUUAACCCAGAGCAAUAGAGUGACUUGGCCAAAUUGUUGCCAGUGAAGAAAUCUAUAUGGUGAUUUGUUAGGAGAUUGGUGAGAAACCAUUGCUCAGGCUCCAGAAUCUUUAUUCUUCAUAGAUGAUGUGUAUUUCAGAUAUUUCUGUAAGUACUUUCCCUUCUCUGUGAGGGCGUGGUGUAUGUAUUCUUGUUUAAAUCCUAUGUCCAGUGCAGUCCUAACUACAUUUAGUAGGAUUAAUAUUUUAUGCAGCAAAUGGGACUUAGGUGAAAAUGUAGACAGCUAAGAAAUUAGGUAAGUAAUUAUUUUCUUUGCAUCUUAGUCCCAGGUUCUUAUGAACCAGGUAACUGGAUAAAUAGCUUAUAUAAGGCAAACCAGGAAAGUGGUGCUUCUGAAUAGAACUGACCUGUGCAGUGAGGCGCUGGAUUCCUCAGUGCUUGUAUUUCAACAGUUGGAGGCUUCAUAGGUGUCAGUCCCAGAGAGAAUCUGUCAAGGAAACAUUCAUGCUUACUAAUAAAAAAAGGCCGUUUGCAGCUUAAUUUACGGUGUGUAUACUGUGUUCUGGCAUUUGCUGAGGACCCAUGUCGUUCUUCUCAGCCAGAGUCUGUGUCCUGCCAUGCAUAGUGCUUUGUCCAAGGUCUUACAAGACAUUGGAUUUUCUGGGCCUUGUCCAUAGUGAUGCUCUUUAGUCUAUUUUGACUUUAAAAAUUAGUAGAACUUUUACAUAUGUCCUAUAACUCCAGGAUUCCUAGUACAGGGAGCCCCGCUUCUUUUGUCUUGAACUCCUGAUUUGUUUUACUCCUCUUUUUUCUAAUCAAGAUCUUCUGUGUGGACCAAAUACUUCACUGAGUUCCGGAGCAUAUCUCCGUGGUGACCCCAAGGCUAUGCUCUUGAGUGUGUAACUGACCUGCAGUAGCCACCCCGUGUGCAAGACCAUAUGCCGAGGGAAGGUGCCAAUAAAUUCAAGAAGAAAUGACAAAAAAUUUUAACACAGUAAUCCUAAACACAGAUUUUUUAGGGAGGCUUGAAGAUAGUGAAGGGUGGCAAGUUCCCCAUAUCAUCCGUGGGAUUGUAAAUCUUGGGCCAUGCGUCUCAUUUUAAAAUUGAAUCUAAAGUAAUAGGAUUGACUGUUAGUACUUUGCUGAAAUACAUGCUAACAUUCAGUGCACAGGAAACUGAAUGAAGGUUUAACCAAUGCCAUGGAUUCUGUCAGUGAUCUGCAUUCGCUACAAGAGGUGCUUUCCCAUGAUGUAGGCAGAAGUUGGUGCCAAUAAGAAAUCCAAUGCAGCAUUAUCGCCUUUAAAGAUAUUUUGUGAGUAUAUAUUAGCUUUCACUUUUGUUAUUAAAUUAUAGCAGUUUCAUUAUAGAGAGCAAGUAAGUUUGCCUUGAUUUUGUUUAAAAUGACUUCUGCUCAGCACCCAGAAGAUAAAAUUGACAUAUUUUUAUAAUAUAAGCAUACUUUUUUUGUACAUUGUGUUCAUUCAGUGUUGGCUUGUAGAUAUUAAAAGAAAGUAUUGAUUUUGAUUCAAUAAAUGUUUUCUUUCCA